GCCUCUCUCUCUCUCUCUCUUUCAUUCGCUCCCUCACUCGCUCUCACCACCACACGUUCCUCCUCGGCUCAUCACUCCCCCUCUCAUUGUACUCCUGCCCUCUGCUUCCAGAAGAGAGGGAUCAUGCGUCGUCCUGUUCCCUCCUCCUACUCCUCAUUCUGGGGUCUCUGUAGCGGUUUUGCUUCUGAGCAGAGCAUUGGAAGAUGUUCAUCUUUCUUCGGCAUGGUGGACUUUUAGAUCGGAAGCUAUCAGCAAAUCAGAUCUCUGCACUACCAAAUGUCCUGGUGGGAUGCAAGUCUUCGUGGGACUCCUGCUUUCUUCACAGCGCAGCUCAAUUCUCCUUGAAGUUCGAGGACAAUCCAUGAAGAAUCUCUUCAUUCCUUUCGUCUCCAACAUUGUGGAUAUCUGGCUUGGUGUAUAAUGUGUGUUUCUCUGCAUCUGAAGAUUUGACUGUGUGUGAGUGUUCAUGGCAGUCAAUUAGAGUGUCUCUGUUUGUGACAGUUGGUAGAUUUGGAAGACUGAAGAUUUGGCUGUGUGAGAGUGAGAGUGUUGCUCUGUGUGAGAGUGAGAGUGUGAGUGUUGCUCUGUGUAAGAGUGAGAGUGUGUGUGUUGCUCUGUGCGGAGUGCAGUCCCACUCCCCUCGUUCCUGGUUUUUGACUGGAGGGUUUAGCGGACGCUGGAGGGCAACGGAGACCCCCCACCUCCUCAUUGGUACUCACUACCCUGAGAGGAGAGGAGGGAAGAGACAGAGAGAAGGAUUGAGAGACAGAGAGAGAGAGACAGAGAGGUAGGGAGAGGGACAGAGAGAUAGGGAGAGGGACUGAGAGAGAGAGAGAGAGACUGAGAGGUAGGGAGAGGGACUGAGAGGUAGGGCGAGAGACUGAGAGGUAGGGAGAGGGACUGAGAGGUAGGUAGAACGAAGACAAAAAGGAAGCACGUGAGAAACAACAAUAAGGAUAGCAGGAUAGACAGAGAGACAAAUUGAGACAUAAAAAGAGAGUGAGAGAGAGACAGAGAGAGAGAGACAGAGAGAGAGAGAGAUACAGAGAGAGAGAGACAAAGAGAGAGAGAGAGACACACAGAGAGAGAGGGAGACAGAGACAGAGAGAGAGACACACAGAAAGAGAGAGAGACAAAGAGAGAGACAGAGAGAGAGAGAGAGAGAGAGAGAGAGAGAGAGAGAGAGAGAGAGAGAGAGAGAGAGAGAGAGAGAGAGAGAGAGAGAGAGAUAUUAUCUACCUCACUUGCUUUGGCAAUGUUAACACAUGUUUCCCAUGCCAAUAAAGCCCUUGAAUUGGAUUGAAUUGAAUUGACAGAGAGAGAGAGAGAGAGAGAGAGAGAGAGAGAGAGAGAGAGAGAGAGAGAGAGAGAGAGAGAGAGAGAGAGAGAGAGAGAGAGAGAGAGAGAGAGAGAGAGAGAGAGAGAGAGAGAGAGAGAGAGAGAGAGAGAGAGAGAGAGAGAGAGAGAGAGAGAGAGAGAGAGAGAGAGAGAGAGAGAGAGAUACAGAGAGAGAGAGAGAGAGAGAGAGAGAGAGAGAGAGAGAGACAGAGAGUGAGAGAGAGAGACACACCUUUCACACCUCUGUAUCCUCUCAUACACACACACAGUGAAUAGAAGACAAGGACACGUAGGCUUAAUCUGCGUGGACCUCCUCUCACCCAUGCUGUCCUCCCCCUCAGUCUCCCUCCUCUCUCACACACUCAGCAGUAUGAUUUUCUUCACAGCACCUUUUGACUGCUGUUAAUUGCAGCAACAAGAGACGAGGAGUGAAUCUGUGUUCUAAUCUCAAACAGUAAUUCAACCAAACUCAACACCAAGAAUGAAGAAAGAACAAAUGUGACGACAUCUCGGAAGAGUAAAAACAAUCCACUACAGGUCCUCUUCCAAACAGUGGACUGACUCAGAGAGCACCAUUGGACUGACUCAGAGAGCACCAUCGGACUGACUCAGAGAGCACCAUCGGACUGACUCAGAGAGCACCAUUGGACUGACUCAGAGAGCACCAUUGGACUGACUCAGAGAGCACCAUUGGACUGACUCAGAGAGCACCAUUGGACUGACUCAGAGAGCACCAUCGGACUGACUCAGAGAGCACCAUUGGACUGACUCAGAGAGCACCUCCAGGGACUUUUAGACAAAACCGAGAAGUGCAGAACCACUAAAGCCCACGAGAGACAAAGAAACUAGAGACACAUACAGCCGACUGAAGACUGGAGCAAGACACUAGAGACACAUACAUCCCAGUAAAGACUGGAGCAAGACACUAGAGACACAUACAGCCCAGUAAAGACUGGAGCAAGACACUAGAGACACAUACAGCCCAGUAAAGACUGGAGCAAGACACUAGAGACACAUACAUCCCAGUAAAGACUGGAGCAAGACACUAGAGACACAUACAGCCCAGUAAAGACUGGAGCAAGACAGUAGAGACACAUACAGCCCAGUAAAGACUGGAGCAAGACACUAGAGACACAUACAGCCCAGUAAAGACUGGAGCAAGACACUAGAGACACAUACAGCUGACUGAAGACUGGAGCAAGACACUAGAGACACAUACAGCCGACUGAAGACUGGAGCAAGACACUAGAGACACAUACAGCUGACUGAAGACUGGAGCAAGACACUAGAGACACAUACAGCCGACUGAAGACUGGAGCAAGACACUAGAGACACAUACAGCCGACUGAAGACUGGAGCAAGACACUAGAGACACAUACAGCUGACUGAAGACUGGAGCAAGACACUAGAGACACAUACAGCCGACUGAAGACUGGAGCAAGACACUAGAGACACAUACAGCUGACUGAAGACUGGAGCAAGACACUAGAGACACAUACAGCCGACUGAAGACUGGAGCAAGACACUAGAGACACAUACAGCCGACUGAAGACUUGAGCAAGACACUAGAGACACAUACAGCCGACUGAAGACUGGAGCAAGACACUAGAGACACAUACAGCCCAGUAAAGACUGGAGCAAGACACUAGAGACACAUACAGCUGACUGAAGACUGGAGCAAGACACUAGAGACACAUACAUCCCCGUAAAGACUGGUGCAAGGCAGGGUAAUCAGCCCCAGUAGCCCACCACUACUACCACCAGUACAACGAACGCCAGUACAGCCACUGCCAUGCAGGUGUCGUUUGCAUGUUCUGACCAGGACGGAGGAAGAGGAGGGCUGAGGCCCCCGGGGAAUGGAGGUCACAGCAAGCAGAACGCCACCAGCCCCAACACGGCCAGCCAGGCGCGGGCACGCUUCCGGACCGUGGCCCUCAUCGCCCGCAGCCUGGGCUCCUUGACCCACCGCUACCAGCACAACCUUAAGGAGUCCACCGCCAAGCUCACUGGCAUGAAGUACCGGAACCUGGGAAAAUCAGGCUUGCGUGUAUCCUGUUUGGGCCUCGGUACUUGGGUAACGUUUGGAGGUCAGAUUUCAGAUGAGGUGGCUGAGCAGCUGAUGACCAUAGCAUAUGAGAAUGGGGUCAAUCUCUUCGACACAGCCGAAGUUUAUGCCGGGGGGAAAGCUGAGAUAAUCCUGGGGAACAUCAUCAAGAAAAAGUGCUGGAGGAGAUCCAGUCUGGUGAUCACCACCAAACUCUACUGGGGUGGAAAAGCCGAAACCGAGAGAGGACUCAACAGGAAGCACAUCAUUGAAGGUCUGAGGAGCUCCCUACAGAGGAUGCAGCUGGAGUACGUGGAUGUUGUGUUUGCAAACCGGCCCGACAGCAACACUCCCAUGGAGGAGAUUGUGAGGGCGAUGACCCAUUUGAUCAACAAUGGCAUGUCCAUGUACUGGGGGACAUCACGAUGGUCUGCCAUGGAGAUUAUGGAAGCGUACUCGGUUGCACGGCAGUUUAACCUGAUCCCUCCGGUGUGUGAGCAGGCUGAGUACCACUUCUUCCAGAGGGACAAGGUGGAGACACAGCUACCUGAGCUCUACCAUAAGAUAGGUGUGGGUGUGGUCUCCUGGUCACCUCUAGCCUGUGGAAUCAUCACUGGAAAGUAUGAGAAUGGCAUCCCAGAAUGCUCCAGGGCCUCCAUGAAGCCGUACGCCUGGUUAAAGGAUAAGAUAGUGAGCGAAGAAGGGAGGAAACAACAGGCCAAGCUGAAAGAGCUCACUACCAUCUCUGAAAAGCUGGGCUGCACUCUGCCACAAUUAGCUAUCGCCUGGUGUCUGAGAAAUGAAGGAGUGAGCUCAGUGCUGCUGGGAACAUCCAACCCCAUCCAGCUUGCAGAGAAUCUGAGGGCCAUGGAGGUCAUUCCAAAGAUGACAGCAGGCAUUGCCACAGAGAUUGACCACGUCUUGGGAAACCAACCCCACAGGAAGAAGGACUUCCAACAAGCACAUUAGGAUGGAGCCAUUCUUCAGAACUGUGACUAUUCUGGACCAGCUCUCAUCAGUGGCACCUCCAGUCAGUGGCACCUCCAGUCAUUGUGUGCCCAACCCUGUUUGUGUGUGUGUGUGUGUAUGUGUGUGUGUGUGUGUUCUACGCAGUUCCUCGUCCUGCCACACCCGAAUAAAGAUCAACCAGUAGUCAGUGUCGUUAACUGAGAGCUCUGCUUGAUAAAGCAUGCAUGCCACACAGCUCAUCCACUCCACUUCAGUGCAGCUCAAACCUGCCGAACUAACCAGCCGUUAUCAAGAUAGCAAUCAAGUCAGACUAAGAUCACCUGAAUCAGUUGAGGCUGCUGAGGCGAGGACGGCUCAUAAUAAUGGCUGAAAUAGACUGUAAUGGAUAGAAUAGAAUUGUAUCAAACACAUGAAAACCAUGUUUUUGAUACCAUUCCAUUUACUCCAUUCCAGCCGUUAUUAUGAGCUGUUCUCCCCUCACCAGCCUCCACUGAAUCUGAUGUGCAAAUCCCUUAUGGCACACCCAGCUGUCCCGCAUUCUGUGUAGAAGCCUUUGUAGGCUAAACGGGACAUUCAUGAGUACAAACUCUUGGACAGAGGACUGUGUUCCUGUCCUCAAAGUGAUGGACAUGGACAAAUGAUCUGUCCAUGACGGUCAGUGCUGGCUGAGCCCCUCCUAUCCUACAACCUAAGUGCUUACCUAACCCCGCAUUGUUGUCGUGAUAAUUAACUGUUUCGAUACAUGCUGACAUCUUGUGGUUUUUGAACGUUUUUCCCCCCAUUGUGAUGUUAAAAUACCAACAGGGUUGUGUUGGAUUGAAUAUUUCAAAACGACAUGUGUAAUGACUGUUAACUGAUUAUAUAUAUUUUUGUCAAUGAAUGCAGAAGAACACAGUAUUAUUAUGAUAGUACUUUCAUAGUAUCUCCCCAUUUCUCUCUAACAAUGCAUACUCUUCUGCAAACAGAUAUUGCAGGCAUGUACAUAGGUCUACCGUUGGUGUAAGCAGUAUCACUGGAUGCUAUCUAGUGCCCUCAUUGCACAUACCGAUAUAUUUUAAUUUUAUCCAAGUUAAACUGAUGUAUAUGAUGUAUAUUCUACCCUUUGUCAUUGCACCUGGGCUAAAACUGAAUACAAUGUCUGUUCAAAUGUAAAAUGGUAUAAUGAGAUUAUGUCAGAGGUUGAGAGUUCAGUAAAGACUCCUUAAUUGAUGUAGUUGUUGUUGCUCAUUUGUACAUACUGUGUAUAAAUAAAUAUCCAGUGUGAACGAUUGUA